CAGGUUGUUGCUGUGUGUUCGCGAGCUGAAAAGUUAAGAUGGAGAAUAAUGGAACGACUCAAACUCUAAAUGAUUCUAAAAUCACAACAAACGCUACUGAUACUGCAACUUUCAUUUCAAGCAUCGUGAUGGACACAUCUACUGUACGAAUUUCAUCAGUUCAUCAAUAUCUUAGUUCAACUAUAUUACCAACUACCGUGAAAGCUCAAUCCAUUGAAGAUUUUCUAGAAUACCAAAUAGGCGUCGCUCUGUGGAAAUAUAUGGCACUGGUCAUUAUCGUAUUUGGACUGACUGGUAACGUUCUAUCCUUUCUUGUAAUGCAAUUUACAAGUAUGAAUAAAACUUCCUCGUCCAUAUAUCUGGCUGCAUUGGCGAUAUUCGACACUGGAGUUCUCAUCGUUGGUCUAGGGCGACACUGGGCUCGUGUCAUGUUUGCCUAUAGAAUAAGGCAAACACAUGAAUGGGCAUGCAAGGUUCAUGUUUUCUUCACAUAUUUGUUUAUUGACCUAUCCGCAUGGAUGUUAAUCUGUGUAACAAUUGAAAGAGUCAUUCUCGUCUACUUACCCCUGAGAGCAAAGUCGAUUUGCACCAAAACGAAAACGAAAAUCGUCAUCUGCCUAGUUACUCUUUUCCUUGUUGGACUGAACUGUCAUUUGAUGUUCACAUUGGGUCAGCGGGAUUUCAUUUGGAAUGGAAAGGAAGUUUCCAACAAUUGCGUUUACCUGGAAGGAUUUGACGAACUACAUCUAAAAUACUGGCCUUGGAUCCAUGCGUCUGUCGCUUCAUUCGUUCCCUUCACAGUUUUACUCGUUUCCAACACUUUAAUCGUCCUGCAUUUGGUCAAAGCAGCCACACGCCGAAAGAAUCAAAUGAACGUGACAGGUUCGAAACAGGACGACGCAACACGCUCCAUGACAAUUAUGCUCGUGAUGAUAUCCUUACUGUUUCUAUGCUUUACCUCCCCUAUUGUAAUACUUGACGUCGUAAUCCCUCCAGAGUUCAAACAGUUCCCUAUGUUAGCCGACAAAGCAAGACAGAAACUCAUUGAGCCCAUUGUGCAUCUAUGUAUGUAUUCUAAUAGCGCAUUUAACUUCGUCAUGUACUGCCUGAGUGGAAAGAAAUUUCGUGAUUCCCUGCGAGAGCUAUUUUGCGGAAAGAAAACAACAUACAAAGUUCCGCCAAACUCGGGCCAGACAAACCAAACAAAUGUGAGUAGAACCCAAAGUUCGACACAAGCAGAAAGUGAAAUCGAGCAAAAUGAGCUUCAUACAAUAUCUGGCUCCCUCUGCGAAUCAACGAUGAACAUAUCAUAAUUGCUUAAACUGAGGAAUCAUGAGACACCAAAUCAUAACUUGUUAUUUUAACUUCAAUUAAUAUGAAACCUGCAAAUUGCAAUUUUAAUAUUUUUGUCACAAG